GGAUCAGUACGUUCCUCGCAACAAGCUGUUUUCUCAUUUUCGCGACGCCUUCUCCCUUGAAGCGUUCCUUUAAUGUCGGAUUGGCGUAGCAUCCCAUGCGUGGAAAGACACAAAGAGUUUCUGGAGAAACUUAUCGCGGCCUUGAUCGAUUGCACGUUCCAAAGUGUGUCUCGUGAUAAUCCUGUAUCGAGAUGGAGGGAACCAGGUCACUUGCGGGACAUCAUAAAUUUCGAUUUGGAGGACGGGCCACGGAGCCAGGAUAGUCUGCUGGAAAUAGCAAAUAAAGUUUUCAAAUACAGCGUUAAAACUGGCCAUCCCUACUUCAUGAAUCAGUUGUUCUCUGGAUUGGAUCCCUACGGUUUAGCCGGGCAAUGGCUCACCGAUACAUUAAACUCUUCCGUGUACACGUACGAGGUGGCACCCGUUUUAACAUUAAUGGAACAAUCUGUGAUUACAAAAUUACUGAGGAUGUUUUACAACGAAGAAAUCGGUAUUUCUUCUGGAGAUGGCCUUUUCUGUCCAGGAGGUUCCUUCUCAAAUGGCAUUGCUAUUAACUUAGCCCGAUUUUGGUUCAGGAAGAAAACUCAAAGUAAUAAAAAUGUACCAUCUUCGAAUUUAGUGCUCUUCACAUCCGAAGAUGCGCAUUAUUCGGUUUUAAAGUGGGCAAACGUUUGUGACGUGGAAGUCAUUCUCAUCAAGACCGAUAAUCACGGUAGAAUGGAUGUUAACGAUUUAAGAGCCAACAUAAUUGAAGAACAAAGAAAGGGGAAUUACCCGAUUUCUGUUAGCGCCACUGCAGGGACGACAGUCCUGGGUGCUUUCGAUCCACUAAUUGAAAUUGCGGACAUUUGUCAAGAAUUUGAUAUGUGGCUGCACGUUGAUGCAGCCUGGGGAGGUGGUUUAAUAUUCAGCAAAAGGCAUAGCUCUCUUUUGAGAGGAAUACAAAGAGCAGACUCUAUUCUGUUUAAUCCUCACAAAUUACUAGCUGUCCCUCAGCAAUGUUCGUUGCUUUUAACUAAGCAUCAGAACAUUUUUAAAGAAGCACAUUCCAAGCAAGCUCCCUACCUCUUUCAAAAAGAUAAGUUCUACCCUGCAGACCUAGAUGUUGGGGACAAGUAUUUGCAGUGUGGACGCAGACCAGAUGUGUUGAAGUUUUGGUUCAUGUGGCAGGCUAAGGGCGCUUCAGGAUUUGAAAAACAUAUUGACCACUUAAUGACACUCUCGGCACUUUUUAAAGAAGAAGUUGAAAAUAGAGAAGGCUUUGAGUUAGUGAUAGAUUCGUGUUUUAUAAAUGUGUGUUUUUGGUUUAUACCGCCAUCACUAAGAGGUAAAAAUUCAUCGUGUAACUACAAGAGCCGAUUAAACGACGUUGCACCGAAGUUAAAAGAGAAGAUGACCAAAAGGGGCAGCCUAAUGAUCAACUAUCAGCCGCUUCAUGGAAAACCGAACUUCUUUCGGUUCGUGAUACAAAAUUCAGGAGUGAAUACGCAGGAUAUUUAUUACGUUCUCGACGAGUUGGAGAACCUUGGGGAGACUAUUUAAAUUUCGCAUUUAUUGUAUAAAUCAAGUCACGCAUACACAACUGUAUACAAAAACAAAAAACUAUCAACAAUACAAUAAAUCAAGUUAAAGUAAUAAAUGAAAUAUACUUUAAAGGAA